CUUCUUUUUUUCCUUGCUUUCCCUUUACUCUCUCUCUCUCUCUCUCGUUUCCUCCAUUGCAAACCAAGCUUUCAGUCCUUUCCAGCUCUCUGAUAGGAGGCACUCCUCUCUCUCUCUCUCUCUCUCUCUCUCCUCCCUCAAACAUUACACGCACCAACCCCAUUUCACCCACCUUCCGCCUUUUCCUUUCUUCCCCCGGAAAAUUCCCAUCUCGCCACCGCUCUGCGCGCCCCUCCCCGUCUCAUGAUUUUGCCUUGGAGAUUAGAUUUUCGUCUGGGCCUCCCGUCGCCACUUGCCCCUUUUCCCCGUUCCUGCGAAAGCUCCCUCCUUUUUGGCCCACUCGACGUGACUCCUUCCUGCUGCUACUGCUGCUGCUGCUUCCGGCCUACUCCAUCCUCCUGCUGCGACAUUGCCAAAUUGGGUCUGUGAUUUCAGGUCUGCACGCGAGGCGCGUCGUAUCUGCGCGCUCGUUGAAUCUCCGUUUCGGUUCUAAAAAAGAAGACUCUUUUUUAUUUCUUCUUUUGGCCCUUCGAGGAGGAAGAUCGAAAGGGUUAGCUCGGAUCACAUCCAAGAGGGACAAAAAAGGGAACCGAGCAGUUUCUAGAACAUUGGCAUUGGAGCAUCAGAGAUGUCAUCUGGGGGUUCUUUGAAUUCAAAGUUGUCAGAAACUUUCCUGGGUGUGAAGUUGUGGGUUUGGAUUGGCAUCUCUGUAGGCGCAUUCAUAGUUUUGAUUCUCUGCGCCCUAGGCAUCUGGGUUUCAGUGAGGAGAAAAUCGAAAAGGACGGACGUGUUCUCCCUUUCCCAGAUACCGAAUGUGUCGAAGGAUAUCCGAGUCGACAGAGUGGGUGGCCAGAAUUUCCCUAAUCACCCAGAAAGUGUGUCCUUUGCAGUUAAUGACAAAUCGGUCGAGAAGAACUCGGAGAAGAUGCUCGUCCACUUGACCACAAGCAAAUCAAGCGAGCCGGAUAACCUGAGUCAGUGCAGCUCUAUUUACAACCCGGAAAGGGGAUUUAGUUCGCAAUCGGGAGAAGAAGGAAGCUCUGGGAAUGUUCGAAAGAAUCCAUCAUUGCCUUAUGCUGGACUUGUUACCGCCUCUCCUCUAAUUGGCUUACCAGAAAUUUCGCACCUUGGAUGGGGUCACUGGUUUACUCUCAGGGAUCUAGAGCUUGCAACUAAUCGGUUUUCGCCACAGCACGUGCUUGGUGAGGGUGGUUAUGGAGUUGUUUAUAAGGGCAAACUAAUUAACGGAACUGAGGUAGCUGUCAAAAAGCUUCUCAAUAACUUAGGACAAGCUGAGAAAGAAUUCAGGGUUGAAGUGGAAGCAAUUGGCCACGUUCGACAUAAAAAUCUUGUACGACUAUUGGGAUAUUGUAUUGAAGGAGUUCACAGGAUGCUUGUUUAUGAGUAUGUGAACAAUGGAAACUUGGAACAAUGGCUGCAUGGAGCUAUGCAUGAACGUGGUGUCCUCACUUGGGAGGCCCGCAUGAAGGUUAUCCUCGGAACUGCGAAGGCGCUUGCGUAUUUGCAUGAAGCAAUAGAACCCAAGGUUGUUCACCGGGACAUCAAGUCGAGCAACAUUUUGAUGGACGAUGAAUUCAAUGCCAAGGUGUCUGACUUUGGAUUGGCUAAGCUGUUGGGAUCAGGAGAAAGUCACAUUACAACCCGAGUGAUGGGAACAUUCGGAUAUGUGGCUCCAGAGUAUGCCAACACAGGAAUGUUGAAUGAGAAGAGCGACAUUUACAGCUUCGGUGUCCUCUUGCUUGAAGCCAUCACUGGAAGGGACCCAGUGGACUAUGGUCGACCAGCUAAUGAGGUAAAUCUCGUUGAGUGGCUGAAGGUGAUGGUAGGAACCAGGAGAGCAGAAGAAGUCGUGGACCCGACCCUUGAAGUUAAACCAGCAACACGUGCUUUGAAGCGUUCCCUGUUGGUUGCACUCAGAUGUGUUGAUCCCGAAGCAGAUAAGAGACCAAAAAUGACUCAGGUCGUGCGAAUGCUCGAAGCCGACGAGUAUCCAUUUCGCGAGGAUCGAAGAAACAAAAAGAGCCGCACAGCCAGCAUGGACAUUGAGUUGACAAAAGAAGCUACUGGCUCAGCUGAGGUGGAGAGCCAAGCUAAUCCGGAGAGCCAUAAAAUCGAGAUAACUCAGGCGUAGUGCUGACAGUAUGGAUUCCUAAUUGCUUAUUGACCAGGUUAGAUGAAAGGCCUUCCGACACAUCGAUACAUAGAACAUCGAAAACCCUUCUUUGCAGCCCUCGAGCUUCUCCUACACGACGAUGGUGGAGAUAGUUCAUUCGGUUGAUGAAGCUGAGAUUUCUACUUUGGUUUUGUUCGCUACUUCCUUCCGACACGGUUAUGAAAUGAUUGAAAGUAUUUUGCCUCCGACUCCCGACAGGGACAGCGAGAGAAAGAGAUUGUACAGAUGGCGAUCAUAGUAGUGCCUUUUUGUCGAAAGUGUUUCUUUCUGGUUUCCGGAUCACAAAAAUGGUUUUCUUGGGCACUGGUGUAACAUCCAAGUCCGGGCAUUGGCAAAGUAUGAAAUAUACAUACAUGUUUUUCCCUCUUUCCC